AUGACGAUGACCACAGGUCGCGUCAGCGUGAACUGGGCCCGCGCGCAGUCAACCCUGUGCUCCUCUUCCUCCAGGUUCUACGGGAAUCAGGAAGACGAUCCGCAUAACGUGUUGGAUGGCGGAAAUUUCAGCUGGUAUUAAAUCAUUGUUCGCACAAAAAUGCUAGUACGGCUUCUUGCAUGACAAAUCGACGAACAGUGUCAAAGUCAAACACUGAAGACUUUGCCAUGCAGAAACAGCAAACACACACUUCUUUGUGAUGCAUAAAAAGCCAAUAUCAAGCACUUACACAACUAUCAGGUGGGGUUCCGCGGCCAACGUACCGCUCGUUGAUUUCCAACUCGACUUCCAGACCGUCAGACUCAUUGACCACGUCUUUGUCGCCUUCGGCGCAGAAGACGGCGUAGCAAGGAACGCCGCGCUCCAGUUUGUCGUCUUGAGUUCCAGCGACGGGUUAGCAUGGCAGCAACUUGCCGCCGGUGGGGACACGACGGGCAUGAAGUACGAAGCAAACAUACAUCAGGAAGGAAAAUCGGCGCUGUGCUUGUCUUGGCCAACACCCAUGCAGUGCCGGUUUAUCAAGAUUCAGUUCCAGCAGCUGGCAACCGGUAAUAUUGAAGAUUUUGGGGCAGUUGAUAGUUGCUGUCGCUGUUGGAACUUGUAUUGCGGCGCAUGAGUAUGAGAUCAACGUUCAUUGUGGUAAAAGCAUGCUGUUACGCAUUACGAAAUUGAAUGAUUCAUUUAAAUAAGACUAUCAGGUUGGAUCAACCACGCACUACACCAAGUCCAGUGCUGGGGUCCAGGGGACGGGCCAAGUGCACAGGCAAUGAUGCAAAAUUGCCGCGGGCCACCAACCUUCAUCUAUGCUACGGACCUGAUGGGAAUGAAGGUACUUUUACAAAGAUCUCUGGGCUGCAGCAUGCGCGAUGAUGCGUGCAUGACAAAGACGGUUUUUCUUCGGUCUAUACGCAACACAAGUUUGUUCACAUCCGCAAAUGAAAAAAAAAUCCAUGAUUCCAGGACGCCCUGCUCCGCGGAACGAUGUCAUCAAAAAUGGGAAUGAACCCCUGGAACGCGCCACCACUGCCCCAGCAGUUUGUCCAAAUGGUGCAGCCGGUGCAACCGGUGCAGAUCCAGAUGGCGGGCGGUCCACAACAGGUUGGCGCUUACGCAUGAGAAACUUCGUGGAAAAUUCCCCGGUGAGUAGGAAUCAACUAGAUCGAUAUAAUAAUCAUGUUGCAGAUUCUGAUUCGGCAUGACACAGUUCUAGUGUAAACGCGAAAAUGCAUGACAAAUCUGAUGUGGUUCAAAAAGAAGAUUUCUCAUGCAUAAGCUUCCAGCAGUGGAUCCGGAAGAGGAAAAGAGGAGGAAGGAACAGGAAGAAAAGGACAAGGCGAAUGCGCAUGCGCAUGCCAGACAGCAAGGAAUGUGCAUGGGGUACAGGAGGAACUACAGAUUUUUUGUGUUGCAUGAACUGCAUUGAUGCACGUGGAGCAAGUAAGUAAUUCCAUCAUGCUUGCUCUUGCUGCAUGACAAACUCAUCACAUAUGAUUCAAAUGAAAUAAAACAGGAUCUGUGGGGCUUUAGCGGUCUUGCCGUGCUGCUUCUGCUUGGCGCAUGUGAUUGGGGAAAAUUCGGAUCAAAUUGGCGACGCCGCAGGGGAUGCUGCUGGUCUAUUUGAUAAUUUUUGAAUCUGUCAUGCAUGAGAUGGAAACUAUUUUGCUGUUGCCGUAACGUACACCGCAUGACAAACUGGAAUUCAACAAAAAACUUGCACAGGUGGCUGUGUCCAGCUGAUCGAGAGCAUCUUUAAGUAAGAAAGUGGAAGAAGCUGGGGCUGGCUCUGCUGCACAAGUAGAAGACGUCCUCACGCUCCUACUCGAAUUCCAUUUUCCGGCGGGAGAACAAGAUGAAACCGAAGAUUUUUUUACCGACACAGAAAGAUUCUUUUAUCUUUGUCACAAACCCGAAUAAAGUUUACAUUGCACAAGGGCGGCGUCGCACUUUGCACACAAGGUGACACACUAAGCAAUACAACGCCAUCAAACACUUAUACCAGUUAUACGCAGAUAAGAGCAGGCUAAUCUACAGUUACAAGAGGUUAGUCCAUCGCCCUUGAUUUAUCGUUUUGAAUAUUAGACUUCGUCGAGCGUGAUCUGUUGCAUCAUUGCUCGUGUGAAAAGAAAAGACACUACUUGUAAAAAAUACAAAUGAACACAUUGAAAAUGCAAAACUUGAACAAUUUUUUGGGACCGAGCCCACCAGCAGUCCUGUAUCAUUGAUUCUACGUCUCCUAGUUUCACUGAAAAAAGUGUUAUUCAAAUGUUUCAUAGCCACACAGCCAAAAGCUGGCACUUUUUGGUCGACUCACGGCCAUUGCGAUGCUACGGAGAAGGGGUCUUUUCUUGGUCAGCCUGGUACUUAUGAGGGACAGCACGGAUGAGUAAUUGAGGAAGAGGAUGAGAGCAAACGCAAGCCAAAUGGGGCUCGAGACACACAAUUCAUCUAUCAGAGGGAGCAGAGCGGGCGCGGGAGUGAGGCUCUGGCACAGUGCGGCGCACAGGAAGGAAAUUGUAAAGAUGGCAGUCCCUUGAGUAACAGCGGGCGCCUACCUCAGACAGCGGGUCCGCGCCUUGUGUGUGGUUUCUUCUCUGGCGAGCGGGGCCGGCCUUUCGACGUGGGGCGGCUACGGUGUCACCUGCUUGGGGCAAUGCGCGACCAGGGGCAGGACGCCAAGACGGCGCAGAAUGUCGCCCACGGG